GUUCCAUUUCCCUUUUCUUCUUCCAACUUCCAAGCCUCAAAGUCGCCACAACACAAGAAAAGAAACAGCGAGAGAGACGCACACAACACGCACGCACGCACCGCGCCUCCGACCAGUACAAGCCCUCCACAGUAGUAGCCACCACCACCACUUUACACCCCCCUCGCCUCCCCGUCCCUUUCGCCCAGCACCUUGUCGGAGACCGACGCGCCUCCGCCCGCUCGAUCGAUCGAAGUCGGCGUCGCUCGCCUCCACUGCUGCUGCUGCUACUCCUCGCGCCCCUUCCUUCCUUGCGGAGGCGGCAACCUGUGACGCCACGACACCACCGGGGGAGAGCUACCGGAGUCGGCGGGCGCACCGGCUCCCACCACCACCGGGGGAAAAGUAGCCGUUGCGGCGUCGCCUUUUUUAUUGUUGUAGGAUGAGGGGUGCCGCUCGGCGGUGAGGUGGAGGUGGAGGUGGGUGGGAGAUGCCGCUGGUGAGGUUCGAGGUGCGGAAUGAGGUGGGGCUUGGGGACCCCGACCUGUACGGCGGCGGCGGCGGUGGAGGAGGAGGAGGAGGAGGAGGAGGAGUUGGGGCUGCUGCGAAGAAGGGCGGGGAGGCGGAGCCCAAGGCGCUGCUCGAGGGCGUCGCCGUCGCCGGUCUCGUCGGGAUCCUGCGCCAGCUCGGAGAUCUCGCGGAAUUUGCAGCAGAUGUUUUUCACGACUUACAUGAGCAAGUUAUAACUACAUCUGCUAGGGGGCGCAAGGUGCUGACUCGAGUACAGAACAUCGAGGCAGCACUUCCAUCUCUUGAAAAAGCUGUCAAGAAUCAGAAGAGCCAUAUACAUUUCACUUAUGUACCAGGCUCUGAUUGGCAUGCACAACUUAAAGAUGAGCAAAAUCACCUGCUUUCUAGUGAUCUACCUCGAUUUAUGAUGGAUUCCUAUGAAGAAUGUCGAGACCCACCACGACUUUACCUUCUUGAUAAAUUUGAUAAUGCUGGAGCUGGGGCUUGUUCGAGGAGACAUUCUGAUCCAUCAUACUUCAAGAAAGCAUGGGAUAUGAUGAGAGCAGACAAGACAGGAAAUUUCCAAAGAGAAAAGAAAUCUCAGAAAAUCAAGAGAAAAGGAUCACGCUUGAGAGAACCGUAUCACGGACAAACUACACCCAGGCAGAGGAAUGGUGAAUUGCAGCGAGCACUCACCGCUGUUCAGCUUACCAGCAGCAGGCACUUUGCGACUCCUAGUACUGAUGGCCGGAGCCUUUCAGAGAAUAGAUCUACAUCUGAUGUAAGAUCUAACCCUGACAAUAUAAGCAGAUCUUCUUCGUUUAGUUCGAAAGCACGACUGAGUUUCACAGAGCAAGUUCUAGAUACAAAGCCAACUGUAGUUCCUCAUGAAAAUGGCCAUGACAAGCUGUCAAAUAAUAAUCUACACAAGCUUAGCAAUACCCCCUUGCACACACGGCUUAACGGUACCAGUGCAGAUGACCUGGGUGAUGAUUUGAAGCAAAGUUCCCUGCUAGAUGAUAUGACUGCUAGGUCACCUUCUGUUAAAUGGGAUGAGAAGGCUGAAAUUACCAUGUCUACAACUUCCGUCUACUGUGAUGAUGUUGUCAUGGACAAGGCUGAACAUGUACAAUCUAAAUGUAUUAGCCCUGAGCAGCAAGAAAUCGACCAUAGGGAGAUGGAGACUUUGGAGCAGCAAGAGGCAUUACAUCAAAAGGCAAAACAGUUAUUAGUGUCAUCAGGCUUGAACCACCAUGAUGAAGUCCCCAGUGAAACAGACAACUAUGUGGAUGCACUUAAUACACUUGAAUCUGAGACAGAGACUGAACCCGAGCUUCAAACUAAAAGUCGAGUGAAACCAGUACCUUCUCUCAAUGUUGAUGUGCCUCAGGUGGAGCUGAUAGAUAACAUUGUCACAGAGUCUCCUGAUUCUUCUGUUGCUGAAUUCCCUGAUGCAUAUCAAAAUUCAAGUAUGCCUCCUGCUCCUGAGAGCGCAGCUGAUUUUCCCAGUUUGUCAAGUGCAGAUGCUCCUGACAUUUCAGAGCCAGUAUUAUCAGGCUAUACAGCUAAUCCUCAUCCUGAAGUGUCAGCUAUUGCUACUAAUACCCCUGUGAGCAAUACAGAGGAUGCUCCAGGUCCUUUAGAGAUUUCAGAGUCAGCAUCACGAGCCUAUAUAAUUACACUUCCUAAUCAAAGUUUACCUGAUUCCAAAGAAAUUCCAGACAGUAAGGCAGAAGAUGCACCCAUAGAUUCUCCUGAGAAAUUGGAACCAGGACCUUCAAGCUAUACACCUACAAUUCCCAUUAAAGAGUCCUCUAUUGUCAGUCAAAAUACUAAUGCAGAAAAUGUUUCCGGAGACUGUAGUGAAGGCACUGCUUGUGCUAUAUCCUAUUCCCAGCAUAUCAUUUCUGAUAAGCCAACUAAUGAGGUAUCUGCUACUAAUAGCUCACCUGAUGAUACCUCUAGCGAUGAAGAUACAGUUGAAAGUGGUGGCAUUGUUGAAGUGUCUAAUUCACAGCCCAUGCCACUGAAUGACUCAUUGGAGAACGGAUGUGCAACUCAAGGCCUCCCAGCAAAUGCCCCUACUAAUUCUACUGGAGUAUCUUCUGUUAAGCUCUGGACUAAUGCUGGGCUCUUUGGACUUGAGCCAUCUAAACCUCCAGUAUUCGGUGCCCAUGAUGGUCCAAAGGAGGAUACUACACCUGGACACACACAACCUCAGCUUUGCCAUUCAACUGGGUGCCCCGAAGUUCAUUUUUCAAAGCCCACUGAAUCAGCACAAGUAUAUGUUCCAAAUGGCAAUUCGCCAAUUACCAGCAGUUUUGUGGGGAAACUUGUUGGUAUCUGUCCUGGUUCUACAAGCCACAGCUCAGAGACUAAUCAAUCAACAGUAAGAACACCUGAUACUGUUAUUGGUCAAACAGAGGGGUCCACAGGUUGUUCCACAUCUUUUGAGCACAGUGAUCACAAAAAUAUUAUUGGUAAGCAAACUUCAAUAAGUGAGCUCCUAGAAUCUGAAGACAGUGCUGAAAAUGGUGCUGAAAUGUUCUCUAAAACUGACAUGACUGGAAGGAAUAACAUGAAUCAGGUGUCUGCAUCAAGCUUUUCAAGCAUUGCACAAAGAUUUCUUGCUAAUACACUUCAGCGAAGAACUCCCAAAUACACUGAUCUUCCUAUGUCAUCUGUUAUAGUUAACACUGAUGCAAACGGGACUGAUGAAUCUACCCAAAUAUCUUCUCUAGCCCCCAAUGAAACAACAUUCGAGGCAUCUCAAUUUGAGAAGAAAACAGAAAAUGACACAAAUGGACUGCCCAAAUCGUCACUCUUCUCUAGUAGCCAUUACUCUGAGAAAUCAUCUCCGCCGCUUGAGUACAUGAAAAUAUCUUUCCACCCUAUGAGUGCAUUUGAAAUGUCAAAAUUGGACCUAGAUUUCUCUGAUGAAAAUCUUCAUGAGAAUGCCGAUGAUAUGAUGUUACCAACGUUUCAGUUACUUCCAGGGUCUUCCGUUCCACAGCUUGGUAGUGGUUCUGAAUCGGAAGAUGAUACUUUUGGCAGAUCUUAUAGUUAUUCUUCGUAUGAUGAUCUAAGUCCACGGUUAUAUUCAAACUCUGAGUUGUGGGAUCAAGAAGACGCAAAUGGAUUGGAGGAUCAUGAUAUGCAUAACAAUCCAAAUCAGAUAGGAUCCUUCGGAGCACCAAUCUCUAGCUUUGUGGAAUUUGAGCAGAUGGACUUAUCUGGUGCGAAGUCCACUGUAUCACUUACAGAUCUUGGGGAUGAUAAUGGACUUGGCACGUUAGAUUCUCAUCCUGCUGGAGAACUUCCUAACUUCGAUACUUUGAUGGCUCAUCAAAAUGAGGCCUUCAUUCCGCACAAUCCAGUAAGUUUAUCACCAGAUGAAGGUCAGUUGCCUCCACCUCCUCCUCUUCCCCCAAUGCAAUGGAGGACAAUGAGACAAGUAGCUUCUGUAGAAGAAGGAAGAGGUUCUGCAGCUAAAGAAGAUAUGCUUGAGAGUACCUCAGAUCUACCACCAGUACACACUCCUGUUCAGGAAGAACAUCUUCUGCCCAUCGCACCACCAGAUCAACAAAAUCUUCUGCCCAUCGCACCACCAGAUCAACAAGGGCAUGCGAAGGAGAAUGACAGAAAAGUUGAUGGGGUAAAAGAGAUAAGCAAUCCUCUCGACAUUGAGAUCAGAGCAAGCUUGCUUCAGCAAAUCAGGGAUAAGUCAGGUCAGCAGAAGCUGAAUGGACAUGAAAAGUCAAAAGCAGUAGGCAAUGAUACUAAAAACUUGGAUGAAAGGGAGGAGUUGCUUCAACAAAUCAGGAGCAAGACAUUCAAUUUAAGACGAACAAAUGCAUCUAAGACAAACACCUCAUCACCAACCACUGCCAACUCCAGCGUUGUAGCAAUCUUGGAAAAGGCAAAUGCAAUCCGCCAGGCUGUGGCCAGUGAUGAGGGAGGUGAUGAUGAUAGUUGGAGUGAUAUAUGAAUACUCAACUGGAACGCGUAUGAAACUCUUUUUCUGUAUAUUCAGCUAGUACAAGAUGAAGUGAAAAAAUGUGAAUAACAUCCUUUUCUUCAUUGUAAUUAGAUUUUCCAGGUCUGUUUUGUACCUCUUUUUAGUUCACAUUAGUGUAUUCUCUCAUAGGCCCAUGCGGUUGUGGAAAUGGUUAGAUCAUUUUCACAUUAUGUAAAUUAACUUUAUUAUUUAUUUUUGAUAGUGAAAUUAACUGGUAAAAUAAGCAUGUUAAACUGUUUUUUCUAGCAAUGUAUUGAAAUAAUAUCUCUUUGCAUUCAUAAUAAUAUGGGGGUGUAUCUGUGCAACAGAUUUA